CAGGUAGUAAUGAGGACAACGACAAGAUUGUGUUCAAGUAAGUCCAUUGUGACAAUCAAUGGUCGUUUCCCAGGUCCCACUAUCUAUGCAAGGGAAGAUGACACCGUGUUAAUCAAGGUCGUCAACCACGUCAAUUAUAACAUGAGCAUUCACUGGCAUGGGAUAAGGCAACUUCGAACAGGUUGGGCUGACGGGCCGGCGUAUAUAACACAAUGUCCAAUUCAACCAGGGCAAAGCUAUGUGUACAACUUUACAGUGAGUGGGCAAAGAGGGACACUUUUUUGGCAUGCACACAUUCUUUGGUUAAGGGCAACUGUCCAUGGAGCCAUUGUCAUCCUGCCUAAGCUUGGACUACCUUACCCUUUUCCAACACCCCAUAAAGAGGUUGUGGUAAUAUUAGGGGAGUGGUGGAAGUCGGAUGUUGAAGCUGUGGUUAAUGCAGCCAUGGAGUCGGGCUUGGCACCUGAUGUUUCAGAUGCUUACACAAUCAAUGGUCAUUCAGGAAAAAUCUCAAAUUGUAUUGGCCAAG